AUGGACGACGAAUCAACUAAAAACACUUUCAGCACAACUCAACCAGACAGGAUCAAGCAGUUGUACCCGAUGGUCGACGAGUGCGAAACUCCUCUGCCCAGACAAUGGAGCUCCAAAAAGAACGAAAAGUGUCCAUCUCUGGGUCUGUCAAAUAAUGAUUUGAGAGUCUUUUACAAGGGCACAGGAAAAGACGUAAAAGAUGCAGCAAGUAUUCGCACAACUCAUUCUAUCCCUGUAACUUGUGGCAUCUACUAUUUUGAGGUCAAGGUCAUUACCAAGGGAAGAGAAGGAUACAUGGGCGUUGGUGUGACUGCUGUUCAAAAAAUGGAAAACAGGCUUCCUGGUUGGGAUAAAAAUUCGUUUGGAUACCAUGGUGAUGAUGGUAAUUCGUUUUGUUCAUCUGGUCAGGGUCAGCCUUAUGGUCCUACGUUCAGUACCGGUGAUGUCAUUGGUUGUUGUGUCAACUUCAUCGACAACACUUGUUUCUAUACACUUAAUGGAGACAAUUUAGGUUAA